AUAUAUAUAUAUUACAUAUUUUGCUCACUUAUUUUAGCCACCUCAAGUCAAUCUUAUUCUCAAUCCGCUCUCUACUUUUUCUAGACUCUUCCAUCUCCCUUGCCUCUCCUUCUCCUCCUUCUCUCAGAGUCAGUCACCGUGCUUUGCCAUGGCUUCCGAUCUCGAAAAGAGGGCCAAGGAGGCGUUCAUCGACGACCACUUCGAGUUGGCCGUUGACCUCUACACCCAGGCCAUCGCUCUCAACCCUCAAAACGCCGAGCUCUACUCAGACCGUGCCCAGGCCAACAUCAAAUCCAAUAAUCUCACUGAGGCUGUUUCGGAUGCAAACAAGGCAAUUGAGUUGGACUCAUCAUUGUCUAAAGCGUACUUGCGCAAAGGAAUUGCCUGCAUCAGGCUUGAGGAAUAUCAGACUGCAAAGGCAGCCCUGGAAAUUGGUGCUUCUUUGGCGCCAGAAGAGACCAGAUUUGUCAAAUUGAUAAAAGAGUGUGAUGAGCUCAUUGCAGAGGAAACCGGUGUUUUACCAGACCUUUCAUUGGAAAAACCCAGUACAGAGGAUGUUGUCUCUACAAAAGAUGUUCAGCCUGUGAGUGAUCCUUCCAAUCAGUUGACUGUAGCAUUUGUCAAACCAAAAUACAGGCAUGAAUUCUACCAGAAGCCAGACGAAGUGGUGGUGACUAUAUUUGCCAAGGGCAUACCAGCCAAAGAUGUUCAUAUUGACUUUGGUGAACAAAUACUAAGUGUUAGCAUUGAUUUUGCUGGUGAGGAUACAUAUCAUUUUCAGCCUCGCUUAUUCGGAAAGAUAAUACCUAAAAAGUGCAGAUAUGAAGUUUUGUCCACCAAAGUUGAAAUUCGCCUGGCAAAAGCUGAUCCAUUACACUGGACAUCUCUUGAAUUCAGCAAGGAUUACUCUGUUGUGCCAAGGGUUAGUGUGCCAGUUAUUGGAGAGCAAAGGCCAUCUUACCCAUCCUCAAAACCAAAAAGGGUAGACUGGGAUAAGCUUGAAGCCGAAGUGAAGAAGGAGGAAAAAGAAGAGAAGCUUGAUGGUGAUGCGGCUUUGAACAAAUUUUUCCAGGACAUAUAUAAGGAUGCUGAUGAGGACACUAGAAGGGCCAUGAGAAAAUCUUUUGUGGAGUCGAAUGGGACAGUGCUUUCGACAAACUGGAAAGAAGUGGGAAACAAGAAGGUUGAGGGAAGUGCUCCAGAUGGCAUGGAGAUGAAGAAAUGGGAGUACUAAUAAGACUGUUGCACCUAGUAGUUGGAUAUGAUAUGCCUGUAACUUAUUUGGGAGUUUGUGAUUUUGUUCGGCAGACUAUAUAAUUAGUUUUCCAAGUCGUCUGGCACUCUGGCUAUUUGGAUGUUUGUUUUUCUGUUUUUUUCUUCUUCUUUUGAAAUCAACAAGGAUUUGUUUAUUUUCUUUUCAUGUGUAUUCCCCCCCUUUCGUGUUAUGCAGUUGCUUUUGUACACACAAAACUGAUCCCUAUCGUUCGAUCUCCUGUGGACAAGUUUUAGUGUUUAAUAUUAUUAUUAUUA